UUAAGUCUGAAUCAAGUACCAGAGCAGAGAGAUUGAUGCAGACAGCUUUGAAUCCUCUGCAAAGCUGGGCAGACGAUUUGAAGCUUACUACAAACGCCCUUGAGACCCAGUGCAUCGCUUUCAUACUCGGAAGUGCCAAGUCCUCACCGAGGUUGCCUUUGUAUGGUCAGCAGCAGAAAAUUACACAGAAUGCUGGUGCGAGACUCAUUAUUGGGUUGCCGAAACAAACUUCUGCUGACUUGGUUCUGCGCGAGUCUGGACUGGAGCCAAUCAACUAUCUCCUGGAUCUGGCCAUUAUAGGAUGUGUGCUUGAUGGGUACGUUCUAUGUGAGAAGGCAGUGCCGCUCAGUCCCUAUGGUUCGAUCUACUAUGCUGAGUUGGCUGAUGUCUUCCAUGCUAUAUGGUGGUUACUGAGUAUGGCUGGUAGACUG